AUUUGGAGAUGGAAGAAAUUUUCAGGGGAGAAUUUAUGUAAAUAUACUUUGUGGUUAAAUUAUGAGAAACAAAGUGAGCAUGUCAAUCAAGGAGGCAGUAGACAGAGUACUUUUGUGAAUGAGUGGGAAUGCUGGGGAAGAUCUGACUCACAAAUAACCUCCCUGGAGUACUUUAAAAAAGGAUGCAUUCUCUACAGUGCAUUGUCUCUGGAUUCUUUCUAGCCUCAUUGUGGUAUGAAGAUGGUACCUAUAUGAGACCAUAAUUCUAUCUGUAGCCUUGAUGCCAAUGUGGUUGAAGCGGAAACAAGAGGGAAGGUCCAGAAGAUGGAAUAGUAAUUUCCCCAUCCAGCGAGCUGGGGUCCUUUUUUGCCUCUGCAUGCAAUGUUUGGACUGAUCUGAAGCUUUCGUUUUGGACUGAAGGGACUUGUCCACUGCUUGCCCUGGAAACCUUUCUCUCCUAAUUCAUGAGCCAGCAGGAUGCGGUCGCCGUGCUUUCAGAACGCCUUCUCAUAGCUGCGUACAAAGGCCAAGUGGAUAAUGUGGUGCAGCUUAUCAACAAGGGUGCCAAGGUAGCAGUUACCAAGCAUGGCCGUACCCCUCUACAUCUUGCUGCCUAUAAGGGGCAUCUCCGUGUUGUGCAGAUUUUGCUGAAGGCAGGCUGUGACCUGGACAUUCAGGAUGAUGGUGAUCAGACAGCCUUGCACCGAGCUACUGUUGUAGGAAAUACAGAUGUAAUAGCAACUCUCAUUCAAGAGGGUUGCGCUUUGGACAGACAAGACAAGGAUGGGAAUACAGCGCUUCAUGAAGCAUGUUGGCAUGGAUUCAGUCAGUCUGCCAAACUGCUCGUUAAAGCAGGCGCUAAUGUUCUUGCCAGAAACAAGGCAGGUAACACACCUCUGCACUUGGCCUGCCAAAAUAGCCAUUCCCAAAGUACUCGUGUUUUGUUACUUGGAGGAUCUCAGGCAGAUCUCAAAAAUAAUGCAGGAGAUACCUGUUUGCACGUUGCUGCUCGUUAUAAUCACUUGCCCAUCAUUAGGGUACUCCUCAGUGCUUUCUGUUCUGUCCAUGAAAAGAACCAGACUGGAGAUACUGCACUUCAUGUAGCUGCUGCUUUAAAUCAUAAAAAGGUGGUCAAACUCUUACUGGAAGCAGGGGCUGAUGGGUCAAUUGUCAACAAUGCAGGUCAGACUCCUCUAGAAGUUGCUAGACAGCAUGAUAAUCCUGACGUUGCUCUUCUCCUUGCUAAGGCACCACAGGUCUUACGCUUUAACCGUGGAAGAAGCCUUAGAAAGAAGAGAGAAAAACUCAAGGAGGAAAGACGAGCUCAGUCUGUACCAAGAGAUGAGGUGGUACAGAGUAAGGGCAGUGUGUCAGCUGCUGAGGAUACUCACAGCAGUGACCAGGUGCCUCAGAAGAAAGGAGAUCUGAAAGAUGAACCACGGUCAACUUCACCAGAGCCCAAAGGAAAGAAUAACAAAAAGAAAAAGCCCAGAGAAAAGAUUUCAGCACUCUCAGACCCUGCUUCACCAGCUGACCAGCAGACACUCCUUGGUCCGCAGCAGAGCUUACCUAAGCAUCGUAGAAGUAAACAUCGUUGCUCAUCUCCACCACCCCCACAUGAGUUCAGAGCCUACCAGCUUUACACACUGUAUCGUGGAAAGGAUGGUAAAGUAAUGCAGGCCCCAAUAAAUGGAUGUCGUUGUGAGCCACUGAUUAAUAAACUGGAGAAUCAGCUGGAGGCAACCGUGGAGGAGAUAAAAGCUGAGUUUGGGACAGUGCAGGAUAAGAUGAAUAUCAAGCUGGGACAGAUGGAAAACAAAACUCAACAUCAACUCCGUGUUUUAGAUAAGUUAAUGGCUGAGAGGCUGUCUGCAGAGAGAAGAGAGUGCCUUCAUCGCCUUCAGCAGCACGCUGAACUCGAAAAAACUGAGGGAGAGAAACGGCAGAUUUCCUUGGUGGAUGAAUUGAAAACCUGGUGCAUGUUAAAGAUUCAGAAUCUGGAGAUGAAGCUUUCUGGAGAUUCUAGAUCUUCAAGACCAAAAUCAACUCUGUCCACUUGUGAGUCCCUCACCGAGACCCUGGCUACAGAGAACCUCCAUAGUGCCAAGGACUGUAAAACCAACCAGAGCCCACUACAGUCAGAGGACUCACAGCAGCAUUCCUAUAUCACACUUCAAAAUAGUCUCUCAGAAGACAUGGGAAGGAGUGGAGUCCAGACAUCAGAACAAAGCUUUGGAACACAUUAUUUUGCUGUUGAACAAGACACUGUAUCAGGUGCAGAGCAACAAAUGAUAUCUGCUUGUCCAGCUCCUUCUGCAGUCCCUCAAGUUGUUAGGCCUAAAGACAAAGCUUUUAGCUCCAGUGCUUUUGACAGGUUCCAACAGGAAGUGCCAUUGUCAGAGCAUUCAGGUUCCAAAUUAAGACAUGUUAAGGUACAAACUGCUUUGCAGCCCUUGACUGAAUUUGCAAAGACUGAGCAACAGAGUGGCUACUUCAUAGACAAAGGAACUCAAACAAAGAAGUCUGGCAAAAGUGGGCAGUCAAGACACAGGCCCCAGCAACACACAGUAACACAUACCCAGCCACAGCAACCAUCCGCUCUGCCUGGAGAUCAACCAGCCCCUCAGAUCAAAGACACUUCACAAGCUCUGGAGAUUACUCAGUACUUUUUUGAGGCUGUUUCCACUCAAAUGGAAAAGUGGUAUGAGCGGAAGAUUGACGAAGCCCAGUGCCAAGCUAAUCAAAAAGCACAGCAAGACAAAGCUGCACUCAAGGAGCAUAUUAAAAGUUUAGAAGAGGAGCUCAAUAAAUUAAGGACUAAGGUGCAAAAAGAAAGCUAGCAUCAAGAAAACAGGUGCAGGCAUGGAAACUGAGGAAUUGUUUUUUAUAUGAACUGCAGUGUGGCUGAUUUUGAGAUCUAUUAGUAUGUAGAGUAUUGAACCCAAUACAUACAAAUAUAAGAACUGCCCCUUUUAAUGAGAUGUAAUUUUAGAAAUUAGAAGUUCCAGAAAUACCGGGAGUAAAUAUCCAAAAAGACUGUUUAUGUAGUCAUAAAACAGUAAGUCUCUGCACAUGGGACACACUCAUGAUACUAUGAGCCCAUAAAAUUUUACAGUCAGAGAUAAGAAUUACCAGGUACUUCAUCACCAGGUACCAAUAACCCAAAUCACAUUCUAAAGAGAAGAAAGAAAAGGAGUACUUGUAGCACCUUAGAGACUAACCAAUUUAUUUGAGCAUGAGCUUUCGUGAGCUACAGC